AUUUGGAAGUAAAAUGAAUCUCUUGGUAUAAACUUCUUAUAUCUUCUUAACUAUGGGAUAUUUUAACAAAAUAUUUUUUUGAAAAAGAUAUUGAGUAACACACGUGUCCGCUAAUCCACUUGUAAACUAAGGCCCAAAAUAGAAGUCUUGAAGCCCAUUUACUCUAAAAAGGAAGGGCUUCUUCUUUUCUUUGCACACCCAACCCAAAUAAUUCCUAUUUAUUUAUAUGUAAUUCUAGGGUUUCUGCCUUCUGGUGCUGCGCGGAUUGUAAACAGGAAAUCGCAUCCUCCAUCUCUUCUGAUCUCUUCCGCCUUUCCGAGCAGCAACCAUGAUUAUCCCUGAUAAGAAUCGUAAGGCGAUCUCCAAGUACCUCUUUCAAGAGGGCGUCUGUUACGCCAAAAAGGAUUACAACUUGGCGAAGCACCCGGACAUUGAUGUCCCAAAUCUGCAGGUGAUUAAACUGAUGCAGAGCUUUAAAUCAAAGGAAUAUGUUCGCGAGACAUUUGCUUGGAUGCAUUAUUACUGGUACCUCACCAACGAUGGGAUCGAGUUCCUCAGGACUUACUUGAAUCUUCCUUCUGACAUUGUUCCCGCCACUCUCAAGAAGUCCGCCAAGCCCCUUGGACGUCCCAUGGGUGGCCCUCCCGGCGACCGCCCUCGUGGCCCGCCAAGAUUUGAAGGAGACAGACCGAGAUUUGGUGACAGAGAUGGAUACCGUGGUGGACCUAGAGGUCCUGCCGGUGAAUUUGGUGGGGAGAAGGGUGGAGCACCGGCUGAUUACCAGCCUGCUUUUAACAGGGGUGCUGGAGGAAGGCCCAGCUUUGGCCGAGGAGGUGGUGGUUUUGGAGGUGGUGCAAGUGGUGCACCACCAAGCCCAAGUUUUUCUUAAACAUUCUAUUUGUUGCUAAGUGUUUGCAGACUCUAGUUGAAUUCUCUAAAUCUUAUUUCAGUUUCUGUAAUGCUGUGUUUUGUUUCAGCUAUCAUAGCAAAUGGAGGUUAUACAAUUCUACAAUUUUGUUAACUUUUGAGUUCCAUUUUCACUUUGAUGAUCUUUUUAAAGUUUAAAAUGCUAGUGGUUGUUGAUCUUCAUAUGUUGUAUUCCAUGAUUUUUUUUGUUUGAGCUCUUACUCAGAUUUUAAGUUUUUCUGUUGAUCUUCAUUAUAUUUUCAACUAAAUCCCUUUUGCAUAUGGUGCUACUUUAAGGUUGAUGGUGGUUUAAUGUUUAACUAGAAGCGGCUUUGAAGCUUUUAAUUUAAUUUAGUUUUUUGAAUUUAGUUUUUUGAAUAAUAAAAAUAGUUUGUCUUUUAUCUGG